ACGUAUAAAGCUAGCUAUAUUUUUGUAGAGAUUUAAGGUGUUUACAUUGAUCAAACUCUUUUAGGAUCGUUUUAUCAGUAGUCUAUAUUCACAUAGUUAUAUUUUCGUACUAAUGUGCAUUGGUAUUUUCAAAAUAUCGCGAAUAUUUAAACUGUGUAUUUUUAUGCAACAACAGUUGUGUCCGACGUUCCAAUCUUGUGAUUCGAGUCAUUCUUGCUAGUUGUCCUGGCCAGACCGCAAUCGAUGGACACGUAGUGCUUCUGUAACCGGCAGAAUCUGCGUUCGUAAGACGUUGCUUGGCAUAAAUUUAUUUUGUUUUCUUCCUCCGACGUGGAAAGGAUUUCCAGACAUUUCUCACGAUGACUUCCUUCUGCCGGGCUGUGGCUCUCGUGGUGCUACGUGGACUCUUAAUUUGUGCGGUAGUGGGAUUAGGGAGCAGCUAUCCGAAUGAUCAGGCGAAUGCAGCUUCAGACGGCGCGAUUGUUUCCGCAAGUACAGACCCCUGCCUCAGCGUGGUUCCGCAGUGCAUGAGCGAGGCGGACCGCUUCAGCCUGGAGGCGCUGCGGCACAUUCACAAACAGCUGGACGACGACAACGACGGGGGCAUCGAGGUGAACGAGAGCGUGGAGUUCAUCAUAGAGGAUAUGAAACAGCAGCAAACCAACAAGCACAACAACCUCCACAGAGAGGACCAGCACAUCACUGUGGAGGAGCUGUGGAAAGGCUGGAAGACUUCUGAAGUGCAUAACUGGACGAUGGAGGACACAGUGCGGUGGCUGAAGGAGUCUGUGGAACUGCCACAGUAUGAGAGGAACUUCAGAGACUUCAGAGUCAACGGGAACACUCUACCUCGAAUAGCUGCCAAUGAGCCUUCCUUCAUGACGCUGCAUUUAAAGAUCCUGGAUCAGCGGCACAAGCAGAAGCUCAACCUAAAAGCACUGGACGCGGUGCUGUUUGGCCCUCCACUGCGUCCCCACCACAACUGGAUGAAAGACUUCAUACUGAUGAUCUCCAUCAUCAUCGGCGUGGGCGGCUGCUGGUUUGCCUACAUCCAGAACAAGUCGUCCAAGGUGCACGUCUCGCGGAUGAUGAAGGACCUGGAGAGUCUGCAGAAAGCCGAGCAAAGCCUGCUGGAGCUGCAGAGCCAGCUGGAGAAGGCCCAGGAGGAAAAGCGCACGGUUGCCGUGGAGAAGCAGAACCUGGAACAGAAGAUGAGGGACGAGAUCAGCGGGGCAAAGAAGGAGGCGCACAGGCUGCGGGAGUUACGGCAAGGAGCCGAGUGUGAGCUGAGCCGGCUCAAAUACGCCGAGGAGGAGCUGGUGCAGGUGCGGAUGGCCCUGAAGAGAGCGGAGAAGGAGAUGCAGUCGGACUGGUCGGUCCCGGAGGCCCUGCAGAUGUGGCUCCAGCUCACACACGAGGUGGAGGUUCAAUACUACAACAUCAAGAAGCAGAGUGCCGAGCUGCAGCUCACUGUGGCCAAGGACGAGGCAGAAAAAAUCAAAAAGAAGAGGAGUUCAGUCUUCGGGACCCUGCAUGUCGCCCACAGCUCCUCCCUGGAUGAGGUGGACCACAAGAUUCUGGAGGCUAAGAAGGCCCUGUCUGAGGUGACGGCCUGCCUGAGGGAACGCCUCCACAGAUGGCAGCAGAUUGAGAAGCUGUGUGGCUUCCCCGUGGUGCAGAACUCAGGCCUGCCGAGCCUGACCGCCACCCUCUACUCCGAACACAGCUGGGUGGUCAUGCCCAGAGUCUCUGUGCCCCCGUACCCCAUCGCCGGGGGAGUGGACGACCUUGACGAGGACACGCCUCCUAUCAUUCCACAGUUCACCACUCCGAUAAUGAGGGCGCCCCUGUCGCGCAGCAGCAGUCUGUGUCGCUCUCGGCGCAGUCUCCUGGGCUCCCAGCCCCCCGGCCUGCUCUCUCCUGACCCCGACAUCCUCUCUAUGGCCAGCACCCCCCUGUCCCACCACCCUGAGGAAGAGGAGGACCAGAUCUUCUUCAGCAUUGAAAAGAGGGGGGACACUCAGGACACCUGUUCAGACUGCGAAUCCCUCAGCUCGUCCUCGGGACGGAAGGCGGGAGGUCAGGAGACCCCCUCCCGAAAAAUCUCCCGGGAGGAGCUGCUGGGGCAGGAGGCCCUCGGGGGCGACUCGCGAGCCCCCGCGGAGCCCUCGCACCGGGGAUCGCCCGACCUCACCAGAGCCAUCACAGAGUCGCACAGCAUGACCUUCAACCCCGUCAGCAAGGUGGUCUACAACGGCAUCCUGGAGAAGUCCUACAGCCUGGGCCAGCUGCCCUCUGCCCCGCCCGUCGCGGAGGGCCGCCACCCCUCCCUCACUGGGCUGGAGCUGGAGGCAAAGCUGCUCAGGGAACACAAGAUCCAGGGCACGUCGUCCCAGGAGUCCUGCGAGAACGGAGACAAGGCCAAGCGGUCAUCGUCCAAGAUAAAAAGCUUGUUCAAGAAGAAAAAGUAAAAGCCGGCGGGGACGUCGUUUAGCCUUAAAACCGGACUGUCAACAAAAGCCAAAAUAUGUGAUUUUAUUUUUUUUCUCCUUUCCAUCGACGGAAUGUAGCUCUGUCUGGGUGUCCCAGAUUGGAAGCCUUUUUUUUUUCUUUGAUGCCGUUUUGUUCACUCGUAGCCUCACAGUUAACAGCCGUCAAAGGGUCAAGGGUCAUGCCAGCCAUUGCCAAGACAACCAAGGAGUGUAUGGUCUGUUUACUGUCAAUUUUUUUCUUCUUUAGUUAGAACCAAA